GUCAAACAGCUGUUUCGCCCGCUUUUCGCCGCUAGCAAGCUUAGGAAGUUAUCUGGCGAACAAAGCCACCCACAAAGUAGCACAUUAGAAAUAUCCGAGGCCUAUCAGCUGUUGCGUAAUUUAAGCGACACGUUUUUAAGUCCCAAAAUUGAGGUGUAAUCACAGAUUGCCACAAAUUUUACUUUCGAGCCGGAGAGCAGCACAAGGAAUCGACUCACAGUCGUCAUGGCCAAGUACAUCGCCCAGAUCAUCGUGCUGGGCGCCCAGGCGGUAGGAAGGGCCUUCACCAAGGCGCUGCGGCAGGAGAUCGCCGCCUCCCAGGAAGCGGCACGUCGGGCGGGCGGCGGACAGCAGGGCGACAAGAGCGCAGAGUCGAACCUUCGCACUGGUAUGACGCUGGAGGAGGCCAAGCAGAUUCUAAACGUGGACGACCCCAAGAACGUGGACGCCAUUAUUAAGAAUUACGAACACCUGUUCCAGGUUAACGAGCGCUCCAACGGUGGCUCUUUCUACAUCCAAUCGAAGGUCUUCCGAGCCAAAGAGCGACUUGACCAUGAGAUUAAGGCCCAGCAAUCGCGACAGCCGAAGCAGGAGACGGCGGAAGCGACGGAGGAGGAGCCGCAAAGUAGGGCGAGGCAGCGGCGCUGAGUACCCAUAUUGCCUCCCAUCGAACUAAUUAGCUGAUAAUUGAUUUAAAAACUACUUGUUAAGUACAAAAACCGAAAGUCUGUUGAUGUAAAUAGAGUUUUACGAACAUGA